AGAACGUGCUAGGUAUAACUAAAUAACCUGGGUUGUUACAACGAUUGGCACAUGGUUUACUAUAUAGACAAUAGAUUUGACUUACUCUUAUUGGACAAAUGUUUUGCUAAGAGUUUGUCUAUUUCAUCUACUAUCGAUCUGUUUGCGUAUUUUAUAUGGCAACACGUGUCACCUUGACAACGCCUAACGCGAUUAAAUUGAACUAGUCAUCAUUUUAGUAUAGAUUUAUGUAGUCGUUUUUAAGUAAUAACGGAAGUUGUAAUUACAAUAAUUCGCUCUCUUCAUGGAUGUGGAUUAUCCAGAAACGUCAUUUACGGACUUCCAAGUUUUUGAAUUACUCGGCCGUGGAGGCUUCGCACAAGUCUAUCGUGCUAAAUCCACGAUUACCGGGCAGGAAGUUGCUAUUAAGAUGAUCGAUAAAAAGGGUAUGCUCCAACAUAGACUUGCCAACCGUGUACGCCGUGAAGUAGAAAUACAUAGCCGUCUCAAACAUCCUUCAAUAUUGGAGUUGUAUACGUGUUUUGAAGAUGAAAAUUAUGUUUAUUUGGUUUUGGAAAUAUGUCAUAAUGGAGAAUUACAAACUUAUAUACGUCAAAAUGGCCCUGUAACUGAAGAUACUGCUCGACAUUAUUUAAAACAAUUGAUCAGUGGUCUUCUUUAUUUACAUUCACACAACAUACUUCACAGGGAUUUAACUUUGGCAAAUCUUUUGCUAACUAAAGAUAUGAAAGUUAAAAUUGCUGACUUUGGAUUGGCUACUAAAAUUGAGCCAGGUGAAGAUCACAAAACAAUGUGUGGGACGCCAAAUUAUAUUUCCCCGGAAGUCGCUAGUCAUAAUCAACAGGGUUUAGAAACUGAUGUCUGGUCGUUAGGGUGUAUGUUUUAUACGCUAAUUGUUGGUCAUCCACCAUUCGAUACGCGAGAAGUUCGUUCAACUUUGAAUCGUGUCUUAGCUGUCGAUUAUGAAUUGCCAUCAACUGUUUCCUCUGAAGCAGCUGAUUUAAUUAAUUCUUUACUUCGACGUGAACCUCAAGAACGUCUCAAGUUGAAAGCAAUCAUACAACAUCCAUUUAUGUUAAAGAAAUCACGUCCUCAGCGUCACAUGAAAACGUCUAAUGACAGUGGGAUUGAUUCAAUUUAUCGCACACCAUUAGGACACUUAUCCAACAGUCUUAAAUCCCAUCAUCUUCGCAAAGUGAAGUGUAAUGAAUCUAACACUCACCCUUGUAACACUCCAAUUUCUACAGCCAUCUCAGAUACCCAAUGUGAUACAAGUAUCCCUUACUUUUUGGCACCUGCACAAUCUCAUGCAGUUACCAGUUGGGAUCCUGCGAUUAAUGUCCAUAAAGAUGUACAACGUCCCACCGAGCAGCUUAAUACUCAUCCAAAUAUCAGACAUACAUGUUACUCUGACGGUGCUUUUGAACAGUCCCGUUCGGUUUUCUCACAAGUGUCGGAUUCAGAAAUUAAGAAAUCACUAUUAAGUAAUAGUAAUCAACAUGUGAACUCAACAGUUAACCGGCCUUAUAACAAUUUAUCUGGUCUUCCUCUUUCCUCACCUUCACAUCCAACUGCUACAGAGGUCAUAACAACGCAGCAUGCUGAUUGUGUGAAAGGUGACACUAAUAUUUCCAGAUCCGAGUUAUCAUCUAAAAGUAGUAGCAAGCCAUUCUCAGCCCAUCCCUUACCAUUAAACACGUUUCGCUUGAAGCCAAUGAGAACAUAUACACGUCUAGCUGUGAUUAACAUUCUACAGGAUGAGUCUGUUUGCCUGGAAUUUUUAGGAGGUUCAGCUAAAACUCGGCAAAACCAGACUUCAGUAACAAAAAGCAGUCAGAACUUGCGAGUUGUUGAGGUGAUGGGUAUCAAUAAUACUGGACAAAAUAUUUUGAUAUAUAGACCAAAUAUGGGAAAAGGAGUACCGUUAAAUGUUCAAGGGCUCGGUGACCCAUCUCAAUCACAUUUAGCCAACUCUGAAACCACGAACUUUGGGAGUCCUCCACCUGCAUCGCCAGGUGAUCCACUCGAGUUUUAUACUUUAAAUACCUUACCUCAAAAGUACUGGCGAAAAUAUCAAUUUAUUUCCAAAUUCGUUCAGAUGGUUCGUGCUCAUACUCCUAAAGUAACACUUUACACUAAUAAAGUCAAAUGUAUGCUCAUGGAAAAUAGUCCAUCAGGAGAUUUUGUUACUGAAUUCCAUAAUGAUGGUACACGGGUAUUAUGUACUUCUGAUGGAUCAUUACGUAUUACUCAGACAACAGAACAGGACAAUUCAUUGAAAGUUAAAACGAAUAUUACACCCACAACAAUUACUCUUGAUUCAAAUCGAAGUCUUUCAACGCUUUCUCCAGAGAUAAGAAAACUUAUAGAUUAUGUAUAUGCCUGCCGAGAUCAUUGCCGAAAAAUUGAACAACUAUUAGCCAGAAUGGAUUCAGAAGAUACAUCAGUUUUAUCUUGUUCUUCAUUUCCUGUUAUAUUAGGACAUCGUCCUAAUACAGGUUUUAACCUGAUUACUUCGUCACAGAAUUAUCCAAAACCGACAUCAUUCACGAAUGUGAUAACGAAUGAAUUAGGUGAUCAAGUUUCAUUAUCUUCACAACUGUAUAAUUUAAUAUCUGAUUGUUUGAAAGAAAAAUAUAAAAAUCCUUUAUCAGAAAAUCAAGCAAAACAUGAUCAUUUGCCUACAAAUGCAGUAUUCGUCCCGAAUGUGGGUUGGGCAAGCCAAUUUAGUGACGAUAGACUUCAAGUGCAAUUUAAUGAUGGAGCCAAACUCUUAUUAGUUUAUAACCGAACUUUAGUCUAUUCUAUCCAUUAUUCUGCACCUCCUGAACACAAUCAGGAACUACCAAAAGAAUAUGUGUACAACACAUCUGAUCCUCUCCCAGACCAUAUUUAUCGAAGGUUAGAGGUAAUGCCAACCGUUAUCAAUCAACUUCGUACAGUUGCCAACAAAAUUAUUUCUUGAAAUUGUACAGAAUAAAUAUACUUUCCCUACAAAUUAGCAUCAAGUAUGGCUGUGAAAAUUCUGUUUUUAUCUAAAAUUUUCAAUUUCUAUGGAAUUAUCAUUCCACGUUCAUACCUGUUCUUUCUUCAUCUAAACUUUUGAAAAAUUAAUCCAUCACUCAUAAAAAUUUCCUUUUAGUUACCUUUCUUACUUUAUUAUUUGUUCAUGCGUACUCCUUCAGUUUUCUUACUGUAUCAUCGUUCCAGUAUUUUUCAGAUGGCGCCUGUCCUAAAACAGUUUUUUUUGUUAAAUAUAUUUGUCUGUAAAUAACUUGACUUACGAUUUUUUUAUUGGUUCAUACUACUGUACGCAUCGUAGAAAUGUUGGUAGAACAAGAUGUCACCUUUUCAUAACACUAUCUUAAAUUACUGUUU